AAAAAGGGGAACGCGUUCCGUCGUCAACCAUCGCGUGGUACGUCCUCAGUUUCGUCGCACGUCCUCCUCCGUCCUCCGUUCCAAGCGCGAAAUGGGCCAAAGCCCAACUAAUCCUUCACACGAUUACACUGUUGCCUACCCGACACGAUUACGCCGCCGCCUUUCACGCCGCCACCCACCCAGCACCAGCACACUCCGCCUUGCACGCCGGCGCCUCCGCCAUGCCCAACUCGAGGACGAUGCCUCGAGAAAGCGAGACGCCAUGCCCAACUCCGGUGGCCAAGACCAGUGCCACUCGCCCUGCCCUAAUGGUAAUGGAGGAUGGCAUCCGGCACCACAACCCUCCCCGACACCUCUCCUGCACAGCCCCGGCUCGCCCAGCGACGCGGGUAGGGAAUCCAGACGAUUUGACUCAAGAUGCAGAUCUGGGUCAUGCUCUAAUACAACCACCUCUGGCAAACGUCACUAAGCAUGUCCUCAGAGCUGUACCAGCGCCACGCAAGGACGUCAGCGUCAAGGUGGAUGCCUCCUCCUGUCCCUUCCCUCGUCGGUGGAGAUCAGGGUGGACGCGCAUGCAGAAGCUCUGAUGUACCCAUCGUUUCUGAAGAAACAAAAAAACACACUUGAAUCAGCAAAGCAGGAGGCGGCGGUAGGCGGCGCCGGGCAAGGACGGACAUACCUUUGUGGGCGGCGGCAGAGAUUUCGGCUGCGCUUGUGUUAGAUGCUUAUUCAUCGCCGAAAUCCGCGCUCGGGGUGGGAAGGCGAGGGGCAAGACGGCUACAAGAUGGCCGAGGUCGAUGAAGGGGUCCAUAAUCCUUUCGAGGAGCAGGGCACACACAGUCUUUCUCCUUUCCA